CCCCAACCUUCCUGUCCCGCCAGCCCGCCUGCCCUUGUCCUACACCAUCGAGGCGGGUCAUUGUUCGGUGAACCCGGUGAGAAGAGCUAGGUAACCUUAUCGUUAUCGAUCUUUCUCCAUUCUAAUUCGUAGCAUUCGUAGCUUUGAUGCUUCAUUCGAUGCUUAUCCUAUACACAAUCAUCAUCGCUGACAUAGCUGUGGAAUAUCACUACCACAAAUAGAAAUCAAUACCAAUGAUUUUCUCACGAUCUUGACAUAAUCACUUUGUUUACACUAGGCAGUUUAGAUGGUGGAACGAAUAUACUCAACAAAGAAAGCGGCCUUUGAGCCCUUUUCCUACUUAUGAGAGCAAGCAACCAUAAACCCAUAAGCAGAGACAAGCAGAUCAUCCCGUCACAAUGAAUCGUAUCGACGCCUCCGAACACUACAGUGAGCCUGCCUCGGCGGCUAGUCAAAUACCUUCCCUUCUCACAAUCGUCGUCGACACCAAUCCACGCGCGUGGGUUGCCCUCUCAGAUCACCUACCCAUCUCCAAAGCCCUCGCCAAUCUCCUCGUCUUUGUCAACGCCCAUCUCUCCUUCGGCAACGAUAGCCAUGUCGCCAUAAUAGCCGCGCAUCCCAAUCGUGCCGUAUGGCUAUACCCCGAGUCGCCGAAUCCGGAUCGCUUUGCCCGACAGAAUGGCCAUGAUGAGGAUGUCGAGAUGACAGAUGGUUCAGGAGGAGUACAAGAACUCAGCGGCUCAGCCAACAAAUUCCCCCAAUUCGCACAAAUAGAGACAUCUAUCCUGACCUCUCUUCGCACCCUCAUCGACGGUACCUCGCCUUCGGACCUACACCCCACGACGCUCAUCUCAGGUGCUCUUACAUUAGCUCUAUCCUACAUUAACAAAAUGUCGCGCGCCUUCGAGCCAGCAGCAACAUCCUCCGACCCAGCCAACCCUUCUACGACCGCCACCACAUCCUCAUCUAAUACAACAAAAUCCACCGCCGCAACCCUCCACUCCCGCAUCCUCGUCCUCUCUGUCUCCGACUCCGAACCCGCGCAAUACAUCCCAACCAUGAACGCCGUCUUCGCAGCCUCACACGCGCGCAUCCCCCUCGACACCCUCUCCCUCCGCGGUUCCCCCCCAGCAUUCCUGCAACAAGCCGCCUUCAUAACCGGCGGGACCUUCCUCUCCGCCGCCAAUAACCCGCGCGGUCUCCUCUCCUACCUAAUGUUCGGCUUCCUCGCCGACGCCGAAGCACGGCAAUCCCUAGUCUCACCAACGCAAGACUCGGUCGAUUUCCGCGCAGCCUGUUUCUGCCACCGAAAAGUCGUAGAUACGGGAUUCGUAUGCAGUAUAUGCCUCUCCAUAUUCUGCGAAGUACCAGAAGGCGCCGAGUGUUUCACAUGCGGGACGAAGCUCGCCCUCGGUAACUACGGAGCAAAACCAGCGGUCGUGCCCCGCGCUAGGAAGAAGAAGAAGAAGGCUCGUGUUAAUGGUAGUGCGGGUAGGGAGGAGACGGGUAGUGCCACGGGGACCCCUGCGCCUGCUUGAGUAUGAUCACGAAAGCUGAAACUUCUCAUUAUAUGGUGGAGGGACUUUGUACUAUACUGACUUAGGGGACUUGCAUAUACAUAUAAGGCGGGCGUUUGGUAUGGGAAUGAAAACUAUAACGAAUUCAAAAAAGCAUAGGCGUAGUUGUAAACCAGUCAGCUUGCCAUAGA